AUGGGUGGAAGGCCUAAAAUCAUUAAAGCUUUUUCACAGACAGGCAUCUCCGGGCCUGCUUCUAGUACAAGUGCUUCAUUCCGGAGUCCCCGGCCGAAGAACAAGCAACCAAAAAGAAGGCGUUCUUCCGCGACCGUGGGAAAGAAUAAGAGGGCGAAGAAUGCUGCCCCCGAGUCAUAUCCGGAAGUCAUGAUCCCAGUUGCUGCACCCAAUAUUGUGGGGCUGAGUACCGGGUCCUUCCCAUCUUCAGUUGACGAGAAACCAACAACCAGCACUGCGCUUGCCGCAGCUGCUUCUCACCCUUCAACGCUAUCAGCUUCAUCUCCUUCUUCACUAACUGUUCCACCAGCAAAUGCUAUGUUAUCUCCACCGGUCAUAUCUAUCCGGGAAGAGGAUGUUUCCCCCUAG